GGUAGGCAUGAGGUUAUAAAUAUGCAGAUAAAGGAAGAGACUUAAAUAACUAUAUCACUUGGCAAACACGUACUGAAUAACCUGUGGUAAAGAAAGAGAGAAUUGUGAAGUUCUUCAGCUCACAUCAUCAUGUUCUUUCUUCCCGUGAUGCUGUUGCUCCUCUCUGGUGCCUCAGCCAGAUUUGUGUUGGAUUUUCAACGUCAAUGUAGUGGGUUUUUUCACCACAAUAUUCCACCAACAGUAUUUCCUGCACCUCGGUACACACAGCUCUGCCAAACUCUAAAUAAUGUUGAUCAUUAUGCCACACUUUAUGACACCAAGAACAAGAUCCCUGUCUACUCGGCCUAUGUGUUUACAGGGUGGGUGGACUGCAAAAAAGAUUCCGACUGGUACAUUGAACCUCAGCUGAAAAGUACAAUCCCAAACAUGGCUCUGGAAGGGAUUCCGUUACAAUUGCAAGCUUCUAAUAGAGACUACCAAGACUCUGGCUUCGUCAAAGGACUCUUGGCUCCAGUCUCUCUUGCUAAUUCACAGCAGUGUGCUGAUGCCACAUUCACUCUUACCAAUGCUGCCCCUCAAGACCCAUCAUUUAAUAGUGGUAAGUGGAAGGUGGUAGAAAGCGGUAUGAAUAAAACACUGUCUCAAUGUACAGGACCAGCUUACAUUGUUACAGGAGUGGUACCAGGUGUUCAAACCAUUAACAACAGAGUGAAUGUGCCUAGUCAUUUCUGGACCGCAUACUGUUGCCAACGAAAUGCCCUGCUAAUCUCAGGGGGAGUUAUUGGAGGUAACAAGGAGGACCUACGUCCUGCCCAUGUGAGACAGUUAGAGACCUACUUGACAAACCUUUAUGGUGUUGGGUAUUUUAGUUUGUUUGAUAGUAACUGUAAAGAUGCUCUCUAUGUUCCAGUGUUAGGAAAAGACUAAAAAAUAUAAAAUGUGGAAACAUAAAAGAGAGCAGCCGUACUCUCCGAGAAUGCCAGUUUUGCGAUUGAACUAAUGAUAGAGGAGACCAGAGAGUUGCUUUUUGUAAUGUGCUAUUUGUCUUAAAUAUGGAUUGAUUGUUGCAAAUUAAAGCCUAAUCUAACCCUUUGGAUAUGUUAUAUUUCAAAUUAAAUCAAUGAACUUGCUGAUUCAGAUUAUUUUGUUAUUCUCAUCUUCUACUUUAUUAACACAAUAAAUAAUAACUCCGCUUGUUAUGCUGAAUGUUCAUGAUGAUCAAAAAUGCAAAUAAACUGGCAACAUAAUAAACAUUUAUGAAAGCAUA